CGCGCGCAUUAACUCGGUUUUGGGUUGCGAUCUGCGAACGAGCGAGUGUGAUGUGGGGGCUCUUCCUUCAUGCUCGAGGAUGGACAAGUGGUGGAGGCGGCGUCCAACUUGAAUACGUGCCAGAAGAAACUCCUCGAAGCAUGACACUCCAGCGGAAUCGCAUCCUUUGUCGAGAAGCGCACAUGUGGACGGUGUUCAAGGCGUGGAGGUACAGUGUGGUGCGCAAGAAGGAAAAACGCGACCUGUAUCGCAUGUCUGAUAAGGAGCGGGACAUCAAGUUCAUCUACGAGGAAUCGCUACUCCUGCAUGACUUGUUGAUCACGACCGAUGUCAACCUCGUCGAUCGUCGACUCGAGUUAGUGCAAUAUGUAUACGCAACUGCACUACGUCAUGACGAUUCCAUUGCUGUUCGCGUCGAUCGUCAGAGCCGCACGGUGUUGCAUCUUGCCGUGCUCCUAACUUGGGACGUCGACGACAUUGCGUGGGUGGUGGGUAUCAAUCCCGACGCCGCGGGUGUACCAGACUGCGACGGAUUUUCGCCGCUGACGUACGCGACCUUGUACGGUCGUCGCGACGAAUCGAUUCUCCAAAUGGCCGUGCCCCUUGCGCGCAAAGUGCAAGCCAAUGCCAGUCGCAUGAUGGCCGAGCGCAACUACGAAGGCAGCAAGCGCACGUUUCUCAAGGCCACGCGUGACUUUUUCUCUGGCGUGCCUCGCUUUGACCAAACGUUUGUCGAAGAAGCCGCCGCCACCCUCGAUGCCAAGGCCGCGUCCGAGCAGAUCCUCGACAUAUGGACCGAGUUUCUAUCCGUGUGGGGGCAUUUCGAUCCCCCAUUGGUCGUCACGGACUUGGCCUCAAAACGGCGCGUCACGGUAGGCUCUCGCGUGCUGUUUACGGUCCAAGCCAAGGGUGAACCGUUAACAUACCAAUGGUAUUGCGACGGGAGUCCAUUGGAAGGAUGCACGACGGAUACGCUGGACGCGACGGGCAGUGCCACCCCCGAAGACGCCGGCGCGUACUUUUGCCGCAUCACCAACUGGAGGGGCAGCGUCGACUCGACCACGGCCGUGCUCCUCGUGCAGGACGAUACGGUCGUAGUAGACCCUUCGACGCGGUACUUCCGGACGCAAGCGCCGCUCGCCCCCGGCGACGUGCUGUUCAACGUGAAUGCCGCCGUCGGAGGUGUGCUCGACGUCGGCCACGUCCAGUUGUUUGUGCCGCCCCGGAGCUUUGCCGUGUGGGAUCUGUUUGAUGCCAACUUGGCCGACACUUUGGGCAUGGACGUGGUCGUCCGCGUCGAUGUGUCCGUUGAAACGACACGCGCCUCGGAUGACGUAAACGAAGCGUGGCAAGUCGUGAGUCCGAUCGUGUCGCUGUCUCCACAUCCCGUCGACGCGUUUCUCAUCCCGUGGACACUUCGCCUGCCCCAUCAUGCCGCUUCCGUCCGUCCCAGCGAUCCCUCUUUAAUCAUGGUGUUGCAGCGCAUUGUGGAUGCCGACGGCGUCGUGACCAUGCACACUGUGUCUCCCCACCAGCUUCGAGUAUAUUCCACCCAUGUGGAUGUGGAUUUACUAGCAUUGGGCACGUUUGUCGUCGUGCAGAAACCAUCUCGUCGUGUGCGGAUGACGCUGGUGUUGUUUGCAAGCACGGAUCAGUUGACCGUCGAUUCCACGCAUGUGGACUUAGUCGUUUGGAGCUGCCCCACUCGACAAGAUUGUCUGGAUGUCACCCUGUCGUCCAAUUCCAACGUGUUGCACGUGGGCAACUUCCCCCUGGAGCUUCCGUCGUCUUCGCCGCCGUCCACCCUCGUCCAGAUCGACCUCGUAUCUCCAAACAAGAUGCUGCUGGAAGCAGACGUGUCGCUUUCCGGAUCAACUCCACGACGCCUCGGGGUGCUGCAUGUGCCGUUGGGCGAGUCGGCGACGUGGACAUCGCAAGGCGUGGGGAUGGCAUGCCCCCAACUGCGCGUGUCAGGGGCCACCACAAACGACAACUUGGACGUGGUCCUUCCAUUGCGAUUCCACGAAAAUAGGCCCGUGGGGGGGGGCAACGUAUUGCAGCACACGACACGACACGUCGAAGUGGCGUGGACUGUGAACCCGCCGACAACAGGGGGGAGCCCCCCCCCGUACUUUGUCGUCGAAAUGGCCGCGUUUUCCGAUACGUUUUGGCGGCGGUACAGCAAUAUGUGGUGGUUUGACCGAGCCAACUUGUCUGUCGUGCACCGCAUGUACAAAGUGACUCAUAUGGGAGCAUAUCAUCACACCCAUGUGCACAUUGUCACAGACGUCCACGCCGCUUCCAUUCGAAUCGCCGCGUGCAACCUCGAUUCGUUCGGAGAGUACGCCGACAACCUCCUCGUCACACCAGAGUCGAUUGAAGUCGAACGUGGUGACGACAAUACCCCCGAAGGCGCAGAACACGAACGACAGCAGAAACCCCACGAAGGAAAGCCAAAGCUAGGAGGGGGGGGGGUGACGACCACGAUGAUGUUGAUGGGGCUAACCGAAGCAAGGCAAGACAGCCAUCAACGCCUCCAGGAUCUCGUCGCGGCAGUGUACCCCUCGUCGUCCCUGUUUCAAGCGCUGUACGGCGUUCCCAACACGAUUUCCGACAUUGUGUCCAUGUUGGAAUCGAAAAAACGAUCCCAUCGCGCAGCUGACGAAGGCAUUGCGCUGUUGCUAGUGGGGCUGGAUGCACUCAUAUUGGCUGCCAAGUCCACCGUGCAUUUCCACAGACCGAUCUGCAUGCACUUUUGCCAGUGUUUGGCCCUGGCAGCCCGGGUCACGCCAGCGCUGGACCUCAACUUUGCGUCCGCCCCGUCGAUUCUCGUGGCCUUGCAUCAUGCCCUCCAAGCGAUGUUUCAGCUGGUCCAGACGCAUGCCACGGCAGGCUGGUUCACCAGAUUCCUCGUGGCUGACAAAUCAACGGUGCAGUCCACGAUGGUCGAGAUCUUGGAGACGUUGGUCACUGCAUGCCGCGACCAUGCUGUUUUCGGUGCCGAGAUGGGCCAAGGGCUGCUGAGACACUGGGAAGCCCAGCGACAGAACAUGGCGGCGUCCACGGUGAACGACGCGGACGAGUUACGCCAGCUUCAUGCAUGGAGCGUGGUGCUACAUGCACAGCAGGACCGCAAGUUGUCGCUGCAGUACUUUUCCAAGGCAUUCCACACGGACAUGUUGGAGGAGCUCAACAACAAGGACCGCAUUGCAGAAGUUCAUGCUGAUGUCCAGCAGCGCAACACACUGAAGACGCGGGUGCUACAUGUAUGUCCAGGGCCUGGAGAUGUGGUGGCGUACACGGCUUGGGUGGAGGUGCGCUUUGACGGCGCGGUCGUGGACGUCGACUGCUUGCGAUUCAUCACGGUCAAGAACACGACGCUCAAGGUUCGCGUGAAUGGAAACGUCACGUACGACAAAGGCACGAGGACGGCGUUGUUUGCGCCGACGGUGCCGCUGGAGCCACGGUCAACGUUCAAAGUCAAGUUGAGGGCUGACGCGGUGACGACAUGGUACGGCGCAGCAUCGGCCACGACCAAGCACAUGUUCACGACCAAACCCAAAUGACACAUGUAUAUGCAUCACUCGUUCCGUUGAUGCACCCAUUGUGUACCAUGUUGAUGUUGUUUGGGUGGUGGUGCUCACGUUGAAGUUCAAGGGCGAGUUCGAUUAAGUACGAACGUGGGAAAUAGCAU